GGGCGGCGCACGCGCUGGUGCUCGCGCCCCCGUGCUGCAGGUAGUGGCUCCUCCCCCUCGUGCGGCCGCUUUAAACACAAUAAACCGCCGCUUCUCGGGACGAACCGGCUGCGUUUCCGCGACUGCCCCGCUCCAGGCCACAGAUCCGUCCUGAGUCCUGCUGACCUCCAACCUCUGACCCAUGUUUGUAUCGGACCUUUGGCUGCUGGUCGCGAUGAAGACGAGGAUAAGGUGUUGACGUGUGAAAGGAAGGCAAAGGUCAUCACACCUGCAGCUCACAGAUGGACAAGGAUGAGUCCCUGAAAGUCUUGGAUUACACAGGACUUUGGGAAUUCUUGGAUUCUCUGCGUGAGGCACACCAAACAAAUACAAACUAGAGGCCUGUUGUUGUGUCGGAAUGCUGAACUAAAGGAUUCUUGAAUACAGAGGCAGCGGAAUGUUAAAUACAUGAUCUGUGGAAUGUAAAACUGAUAAAACAAUUCAGCAUAUUUCUAAUCUCAUAAAUGUCCCAAACUCUGGAUUUUUUUUUUUUUAAGUUAAAGAACUUUCUGGGUUACAGGAAUUUAGCUGUCUUGAUGGACUUUUGGAAUUGAGCUGCUUUUUUUGUGCUCAAACUUGCUCGUCCGUUUUUUUUCCCACAUUUUUUACAUUUCUGUCCUCCUCUUGGUUGGAGGAAAUGGAUCCUCGGAUACCAGAACGGACAACAGGAAGUUGAUCAAAAGACAAACCGAUAGAGAGAGAGAGAGAGAGAGAGAGAGAGAGAGGAGGGAUAUGUCGUGGAAGAGGAACUACUUUGCGUCAGGCGGCAGCGGUGGUGGCAGCAGCAGUGGAAGCGGCGUUGGUGGCAGUGGAGGAAGCGGAGGAGGAAAUGGGAUGCAGGGAAUCCUGGCGCCUCGCACUAUGACGUCCAUUGCUCCCAGUAAAGGGCUGAGCAAUGAGCCGGGACAGAACAGCUGCUUCCUGAACAGCGCCCUGCAGGUCUUGUGGCAUCUCGACAUCUUCCGUCGCAGUUUCCGUCAGCUGACCACUCACAAGUGCAUGGAGGACUCAUGCAUCUUCUGUGCUCUGAAGAGUAUCUUCGCUCAGUUUCAGUACAGCAGCGAGAAAGUCUUACCAUCCGACGCUCUUCGCAGCGCGCUCGCCAAAACCUUCCAGGAUGAGCAGAGGUUCCAGCUCGGCAUCAUGGAUGACGCCGCAGAGUGCUUUGAAAACAUCCUGAUGAGGAUCCACUUCCACAUCGCAGAUGAGACUAAAGAAGAUAUCUGCACAGCCAGACACUGCAUCCCCCAUCAGAAAUUUGCCAUGACGCUGUUUGAACAGUGUGUUUGCAGCAGCUGUGGAGCGUCCUCGGACCCUCUGCCCUUCAUUUCAGAUGGUCCACUACAUCUCCACACCUCCCUGUGUAACCAGGCAGUGAAGAUGCUGGAGUCGAGGGAGAAAGCGACUCCCGGUAUGUUCGGGGAGCUGCUGCGAAACGCCAGUAUGGGAGACCUGCGCAGCUGUCCGAGUCAGUGUGGUCAGCAGCUCCGGAUGGCUCGAGUCCUCCUCAACAGUCCAGAGAUAAUCACCAUCGGCCUGGUGUGGGACUCAGACCACUCAGACCUGGCUGAGGACGUCAUCCACACCCUGGGAACCUGCCUGCGUCUGGGGGACCUGUUUUACAGGGUGACGGAAGAGAAAGCUCGUCAGUCAGAGCUCUACCUUGUUGGCAUGGUGUGUUACUACGGCAAACAUUACUCCACCUUCUUUUUCCAGACAAAUCGUCGAUGGAUGUACUUCGAUGACGCACAUGUCAAGGAGAUCGGCCCUAAGUGGAAGGACGUGGUUUCUCGCUGUAUCAAGGGCCACUACCAGCCGCUGCUGCUGCUGUACGCCGACCCGCGGGGGACGCCCGUGUCGGUGCAGGACCUGUCCUCACGCCUCAACCUGCACCACCUCAACAAGGCCUGCUACGACAGCGAAGACUCGGGCCGUGAGCCGUCAAUCUCCAGCGACACUCGAACCGAUUCGUCGACGGAGAGUUACUCAUACCGACAGCCCUCCCACUCUCACCAUGAGUCCCUGGCCAGCCACUACUCCUCCGACUCCCAGGGAACCGUCAUCUGCAUUGAACGCCCCGACGGAGCCCUGCAUGCCUCGCUCUGCAGCCUGGAUACCAUAGGCCACGUGACGGACAGUGAGCAGCACCAGUCUCUGAGGAAGGGAGGAGGGGCCGGGGAUAGGAGGCGGAGCUCUAGCCGCCACCACCGAUCUAAACCCGACAACGAAGCCUCGUCUGCCGGUUACCACAGUGAGGGAGAGACAUUGAAGGAGCAGCAGGUUCCUCGUCACCUCCCCAAACCUUUGUACUCCUUCUCAUCCUCCACCAGUCGCCUCCGAGACUUUAAGGAGACCAUGAGCAACAUCAUCCACAGUCGACCCCUCUCCUCCUCCUCCUCCUCCUCAUUACCAGCUGCUGUCCUCUCCUCUGAAAUUGCCUCCUCUGCCGCCAACCACCACCACCUCCCUGCCACUGCUUCCUGCCCCUCCUCCACCAAACCGCAGGACUGGGAGGCUGACAGCACCAGCAGCGAGUCCAAGUCCAGCUCUUCGGGGGGGACGGGGAGAUACCGGCCGGCGUGGAGGCCACGGAGAGAGGCGCUCAACAUCGACAGCAUCUUUAACCGAGAGAGGCGCAGGCAAGCGGGAUACAGCCCCCUGGGAGCCACACUGCUCAACGAUGCUGGAGCCUCUGACGGCUCCUCCUUUGCAGACGACAUGACGUCCAUCAGGCCAGGCUCCUCCUGGACUCUGCCCACCUCUUCCAGCAGCUUCAGAGCAGCUGGAGACGCAAUAGGAGGUGGAGGUGGAGGAGGUGUAGAGCUGCCUCUUCCUCCUCCUCCACCUCCUCCCAGGCUGAUUCAGAGGAUGGAGAGUGGCUAUGAGAGCAGUGACAGGAACAGCAGCAGCCCCGUCAGCCUGGACCUCAGCCUGGGAGACAGGGAUUAUGUAACGAAGAAACCUUCGUCGUCCUCCUCUUCCUCAGGACCAUCGUGGAGGAACCUCCGGUCGAAGAGCAGCGGCGCUCUGCUGCAGGAGCUCAGCUCGACCAGCAGGGGGAGCCUCGCGCCCCCUGCAGGCCGGAGCGAGCUGGACGAGCUGCAGGAGGAGGUGCUGAGGAGAGCCAAAGAGGAGGAGCAGCAGCGGCGGCAGGAGAAGGAGAGGGAGGCAGCGCUCGGAUUCAACCCACGUCCCAGCAAGUACCUGGACCUGGACCAGCUGCAGAUCCAAGGAAAAGGCGACAGCUUCGAGCGGUGUGUGUUGGAGGCGGAGCUUCUGCUGGACCAAUCGGUGCGUCUGGAGCAGGCGGGUGAAGUCGCUGCCGCGCUGUCAGCCGUCAACGAAUCUGUCUCCAAAUUGCGGCCGGCAGCAGCUGAGGGUGGAGCUAAUAGCCACAGCCGGCUGCAGCGCUGCAUGAGGAGAGCACGCAGCCUGCAACAACGCAUGCAACUGCAACUGCAGCAACAGCAGGACUCAGAGGCAGGCAGACAGCAACUGCAUCAACCAGAGCAACAGCAGGAGGAGAGGCGGCAGCUACAGGAACAGCCCAGUGAAAAGCCUCUCCGAAUACUUCUGACUGAGAAACAGGGCUACCAAUCAGCUGCCAGUCAGGACCAGCAGGCCCCGCCUCUCUCCACCUGCCUUGUUAAGCCCCCCCCUCUCACUUCGAGCUCCGCCUCUAGUGCUGUGGCCCCUACAGAUUCACCCAGGGAGGACAGCAGGACCGGGGGGCCCUGCUCUCGCACUGGGAAGCCCCUCAGCAGCAGCGACUCCUUACCCUCUCUGUGUGUGGACACCUCCCUGGGAGACUUGGCCCCACCCACUCCACCUGUCUUCAUCCAAGCACAAGCCAAGCCUGUCCCCAGAGCAUACGCCCAAAUCCCAUCACCUGUCAGUCUGAUGAAGCAGGAGCCAUAUUACACCAUACAGCCACAGGCCACGCCCCCAGAUGUGAGCACUUGCCCAAUAUUAGCCCCACCCCCUGUUACCUACCCAACCAGGAACUGGUCCUGCUUACACCUGGACCAACCUGAUGUUGUUGAUUCUCCUAAUCAACCAGUCAGUUCCCCCCUUUACUUACCCCCAGACUCCCCCUCUCCCGCCCCCCCUGUGAUCCAGACCUCCCCCCUGCCUCCCGUCCAGGACUACAGAGCCGCCCUCCCCGUGGAGUGCUGGGCCGAGAACGUCAACAGGUACUACGGCUCCCAGAGUGCAACGAGAGGUGAAGGAGGGGAGGCGCUGCCUAGCAAGGAGCUUUCAGAGCUGGACUCUCUGUACCAGGCCAGCCUGCUGGCUCCCAGCAUGCACCGGGGCAGCCACAGAGUCAGUCCUCAGCCAGCUGGCAGCAAGCCAGGGGUGAGGAGGCUGCUGGCAGAUUCUGGUCGGUCCAAAACACCAACAGCUGAGAUCGAGAGAUUCGCCUACAGAACUCCGACUCCUCAGAAGCCACCGUCAGCUGAGGACGAGAACUACAGUGCCGAAAACCUGCGACGAAUCGCUCACAGUCUCAGCGGCACAGUUAUUGGCUCGCGGCCACAAAACCUCGGCAGCUGUGACUCUGUAUCCAGGCCUCCUCUCAGACACGCCGACCUUCACUCCUCCUCCUCCUUCACGCUACUCCGUCGCCCCAGCACCUCCUCUCUGCACCUCCCCUCCUCCACCACAGAUCCUUCCCUCCACCAACACCCUGGCCCCUCAGCUCCUGCACCUCCUCCACAGCACCUCACCCUGCAGACAUCAUCACGGCCCCCCAGCUCAGUACCCUCCUCCUGGGGACGCACAGGACCUGGUCCGAGGCUCCAGCGGCAGUUUCUGGCUCUGCCUGACCGGCAUCAGACUCUCUCUGGUCAAGGCCUCCACAGUGUCGCGCUGAGUUACACCACUUUGCCUCGAGCUCCUCGCCAAGCGCCGCUUCCCUCCUCCUCCACCGCCUCCCUGCCCCGACCCAGAUCUGGCCCCACCCCCUCGCCAGGUCCACAGAGUCUCUACGCCACCCUGACCCACCCUCGCCGUUCUGCUAACCGCCUCCACCGACAACAGUCGCUUCCCGGCUUCACAGCUCUGCAGCACCUCAGGGUCUCUGUCGACGCCCCCACCCAGCCGCUCCGACUGGAUCCCCCUGAGAGCGACUGGCGCCAUGACGCCGACCGCCGGACCAUCCAGCCCAGCUCCUCCUGGGAUCCCCGCUACGCCCGACACCACCAGCCCCUCCAGCGGACCGACUCCCAGCUGCCUACUCGGCCUCGACAGAUGCCUCAGCUCUGCUCACUCUGCCAGCAGCUUUCUGCGGAGCCAUCGCGGCCCUACUGCCCGUCCUGUGGCGCCUACGUGGCUCGGUUUCACCUGGUCAGCUGAUCAGGGCCCCCCCUCUCUCAACACAGAGUCUUAUUCCAAAAGUCACAUCCAUCAUCUCAGUGAAGAUUCUCGUUUUGUAUUUAAAUUGUGCCAACAUUUCUUUAAAUCCUCUGGUG